ACGAAUUUAGGCCAAGAAAAUAUCGAAGAUAUUGAUGAAAUCUUGAGGGAAGUUGAGUUAGAGUCAAAAAAGAAGGAAAUGAAUCAUGCCAAGUCUAGUAAAAAAGGUGCCCAUAAAGGAAACAAUGAGGUAUCUUCUGCUACUGGUGAUACUAAGCCGAUAUGGGAAAAAUAUGAGGAAGAGAUGAAGGAGUUAAAGCCGGUAGAUCAGCAGUUCGCUGAUGGAAAAUAUCCUUUGGGAGAAAUUUGUGAGUAUAGAAUCAAUGCGGAUGAUCGAACUGCUGUGAAUCGUUUUACGAGUGAGGAGAAGAAGGCUUUAGACACGUCAUAUGAAGAAAUCUACAGAGAUUUUAGACGUGGAGCGGAAGCUCAUCGGCAGACGCGGAAAUUUGUCAAGUCUUGGUUGAAGCCUGGAUUAUCAAUGAUCGAUAUAUGUGAGCGUUUGGAGGCCCAUUCACGGAAGAUGAUUAAUGAAUAUGAGUUAGAAGCCGGACUUUCUUUUCCUACCGGUUGUUCUCUAAACCACUGUGCUGCUCAUUACACCCCGAAUGCAGGUGACACCACAGUGUUACAAUAUAGCGAUGUGUGUAAAAUUGACUUUGGAGUACACGUGAAUGGUAGGAUAAUCGACUGUGCAUUCACUGUUAGUUUUGACCCAAAAUUUGAACCAUUAGUGGAGGCAGUUAGAGAAGCAACCAAUGCCGGUAUCAGAGAAGCGGGUAUCGAUGUUCGUUUAUGUGAUAUAGGAGAAACCGUUGAAGAAGUGAUGACUAGUCACGAGAUUGAGCUGGAUGGUAAAACCUACGUAGUUAAGCCUAUCAGGAAUUUGAAUGGGCAUUCUCUUGGUCAUUAUCGCAUACAUGCAGGGAAAACGGUGCCAAUUGUAAAGGGUGGCGAACAGACAAAAAUGGAAGAAAAUGAAUUUUAUGCAAUUGAAACUUUCGGGAGCACAGGAAAAGGUUACGUCCAUGACGAUAUGGAGUGCAGCCAUUACAUGUUAGAUUAUGACCUUCACAAUGAACGUGUAAAUCUCAGGCUGGCGAGAUCAAAAGCUUUACUGAACACAAUAAACAAACACUUUGGAACGUUAGCAUUUUGCCGUCGUUGGCUGGACCGUCUGGGUGAAUCGAAGUACGUGAUGGCACUCAAAGACUUGUGUGAUAAAGGAGUGGUCCAAGCAUAUCCACCACUCUGUGAUGUGAAAGGUUGUUACACUGCACAGUGGGAACAUACAAUACUUUUACGUCCUACUUGCAAAGAAGUGGUAUCGCGUGGCGAUGAUUACUGA